CAAUUCUUUUGUGAGUUCAUGAAUUUCAUUGUGCAUGGAUCUUUGCAUUUUUCAUUGCUUUUGUGUGCACAUGCAUAUGAUUUAUAUUUCAGUUCUUCACCCAAUAUCACAUAUUGAUAUAUGAAAAACCAACAUGUAUUUAUGCUAACAAAAGGACUAGCUUGUCUGCGUAGAUUAUCUCAAACAUCCAUUUUUUGAGAGCUCUAACAACUGCCAGAGCAUCCAUGUUCCUCAUAGUCAAUGACUAUGUCAUCUAUAAUUUGGUUUAUUUGAUUCAUAGUGAUUUCAUUUUAUGUUUUUCUAAAAUAUAAUAUAGCAAAAUGGUUAGAGAAGUAAAGCUAAUCAAGGAUAUUCAAGCUCAACAAAGAGGUUGGACAGUAAAAGUGGUGAUUAUUGAGAAAGCAAUGCCACGAGUUUCUAAAUCAAGUCCAAACAAAUAUCAAACGUUAAUCUUAGCUGAUGAAGAAGGUAAUAAGAUCCAGGCCACAAUAUAUGGUGGAGACAUCCACAUCUUCCGAGACACACUCAUAAUUGGGAAAAAUUAUUAUAUUUCUAAUGCUUGGGUUAAAGAAAUUGGUGCACAAUAUCAGAUUGUUCAAAAUAAUUUGCAAUGGACUAUAAAUGGUCGAACCAUUGUGGAAGAAGUGACUGGAGAUUCAGAGAUAAUUGUACCUGCUGUUUACAGCUUUGUCCCGUUCUCACGACUACACACUUAUAUUGACUCUCUAUCCCACGUCGUAUCUCGAAAUUUUGGAGCUGUUCAGAGGCAAAAGGCUUGGAAGCUCAGCCUAGGACAGAGUUAA